GGUACAUUUGUAUGCAUAUUGGACUAGGUUGAAAUUGGCUAUAUUUCGCGGUCGAAUUUAUUAUUCAGCGAAACUACAUACCAGUGUAAGAUCAGUGAUCCAGUGUGUGUUCUUAUCCGACCGGUUUGAAUAUUCAUCGAAUUCUUAAAAAUUCAUCACAUCAGUACCUCUCUAUGCGACUGUAUUCAAAUGCAUAAGACCAGCGACAAAGAGAAGAUAAAUCGGAUUUUCCGCUCAAAUUAUUCAAAUGUUUUUAACCAACUCGGUGGUGCUCAUCCUAAUAAAUGUGUUCCUACAAAUCCAUUUCGUUUCAUCUGAGUGUAAUUACGUUCAACUCGCCGCUCAGAAAAAUUAUGUGGAGUGCACCAAUGUCCGGUCGAUGCAGGAGUUAGCUGCCGAAAUGAGAUCGAAUUGGAAUCAUUUGAAAAUUGUUAACAAAGUGGAUUCAGUGUUUACCAAUGCAGAACAUCACAAUGCAUUUCUGCAGUACAUACAACAUUUAGAUCUGUCCAAAGUGGGUAGAUUUCAUACAUCGGAUUAUGGAUUUAGAGACUAUUUGCGUUUGAAUCACCUGAACAUAUCCAACACUCGGACGGCAACUCUAAAAGACUAUUGGUUUUCGAUCGGCAAUCAAAUCGAAAUUCUGGACAUCAGCUGGAACCAGUUAACCCAGUUGAGACGGGAAACAUUCAGGACACUACACAGUUUAGUGACCGCGAACUUUUCACACAACGAGAUCGAAAAUGUUGAAGCCGCCGCCUUUUCUGAUUUGAAAAUGCUGAAACAUUUGGACUUACGGAAUAAUCGGUUAAGUUACUUAAACGAUUGGGGAGAGCUGUCCAGCAUGGAAACGUUAAAUUUGGAUGACAAUUUGUUAACGAAGUUGUCGUCGAAUGCAUUUAAAGGACUGAUAGCCCUUCAAACGUUGACCGUAUCACAGAAUUAUAUAAAUGACGUAGAACGGAAUUGCUUGAGUGGUUUUCAGAAGCUUCAACAAAUCAAUCUAUCCGGGAAUAGCAUGCAAACCAUACCCGAUCAUCUAUUCCGAGCUUUCUCUAAUAUUCGGCUUUUGGAAGUCGAUUUCAGCAACAAUGAUAUCUCUAGUCUACCGGGAAAUGCAUUUAAGAGUUUGAACUAUUUAGUGGCUCUUGAUUUGUCCAGGAACGCCAUUACCUCCAUCGAUGAAUACACAUUCCUCGGAUUGAACUCAUUGCGAAGACUGUCCCUGGUGAACAAUAACAUUUCCAUCGUUCAACCGAACACAUUCGCUACGCUCAACAAAUUGGACAGUUUGGAUUUAUCGGACAAUUCAUUGAGCAAUUUCAGGGGUGAUAUGUUUGGACCAAGCUCAUCGUUACCAAAAAAACUACGGAAACUGCUCCUCAAAAGAAAUAACCUGGCGUCUAUUCAACCCCAUGCAUUUGACAUCGUUUCGAAUGUAGACUUCCUGGUUCUGACCGAUAACUCCAUCAGAGAACUGCGUGAGGACCUUUUGUUGCCGCUGGUAAAGCUAAAGAAAUUGCACAUCAAUCGGAACAACAUUGAAGCAUUACCUGCAGGACUCUUCAACACCACCUCACUGUUACAGGAACUGUACAUGGAUCAUAAUAAGUUGACAUUUUUUCCGUAUACAGCGAAUGCUUUCGCUAACUUGGCGAAAAUUACGUUGGAAGGUAAUCCAUGGCAAUGUGCAUGUUUCAAAGAAAUGUUGUACUGGUCGAUUCGGCGUGGCAUUAAUUACUCUCCGUACGUUAGUAAUAAAUAUUACAAUGGUUCGAGACCGGUUUGUGUAGCGACACCGUGGAACGUUUGUGUUCAAGAUGUCGAUGAAUCGACGAAGAAAGAAAUGAUUAGGAUUUAUGAGACUGCUUUAAGUCGAGGGGUCACCGACUUCAAAAUAAUCCCAAAAUAAUCCCUGGAAGUCGGUGACUUCUCGCUUUAGGUAAAACUCUAGCAUCUAGCUGGGUAUUACCAGUGGGUAACCACUCAUUGUAUUUGAAUUUCUGAAGCCAUUAAAUCAGAAUUACAUUGAG